UUUUUACUGAUGAGAGUCUGACAUCACAAUCACAGAGACUGCUGUAUUCAGAAACUCAGUGUUAUUACGUGGUCUCCAGCUGCUGGCCUUGUCUAUAUCUAGCCCCGGGGGUAGCUCUCACCCUCACUCCCGGCGUCUACCACGGUCAGCCCUCGGUGUCAUUUUGGUGCUAGGAUUUGUGUGUGAUUUUGUGUGUACUGGUGUGAUACUUGAAGUGUAUUGAAAAGAUGGCAUCAGCAAAUGAUUCAAAGUGGCAGAAGGAUGCCGCGGAUCAGAACUUUGAUUAUAUGUUUAAACUGCUUAUCAUCGGAAAUAGCAGUGUGGGAAAGACCUCCUUCCUGUUCCGUUACGCUGACGAUUCCUUCACAUCGGCUUUUGUCAGUACCGUCGGCAUCGACUUCAAAGUAAAAACUGUGUUCAGACAGGACAAGCGGGUCAAACUCCAGAUAUGGGAUACCGCGGGCCAGGAGCGAUACCGCACUAUCACAACAGCUUACUACAGGGGUGCUAUGGGAUUUAUCUUAAUGUAUGACGUCACAAAUGAGGAAUCCUUCAACGCCGUCAUGGACUGGUGUACACAGAUAAAGACUUACUCAUGGGACAAUGCCCAGGUCGUGCUGGUCGGCAAUAAAUGUGACCUUGAGGAUGAGAGGGUCGUAUCCACGGAGAGAGGGAAGCAGUUAGCGGAUCAGAUAGGUUUAGAAUUUUUUGAAACUUCAGCAAAAGAGAAUAUAAAUGUGAAGGCGGUGUUUGAACGCUUGGUGGACAUCAUCUGUGACAAAAUGUCCGAGAGUCUGGACCAAGAUCCCUCCCUGGUAAACAGUCAGACCAAAGGAACGCGACUUACCGAGAACCCCAACCCCGAGAGCGGAAGUUGUCAGUGCUAGGAACUAAAUCCCCUCUCCCGGGCAUUCUGAACUGUAAUUAGUGACACCCAUCAUAAAAAUAUUACGCUGAUAUAAAAAAAACUCAUCUACUCUAUAAGGACUGUUGUAUGAACGGCAUAGUGCAAUUGAUGGAUGGAGAAUGUUAUGCAAUAUAUUCUAGUAUUAAGGAGUUGUUGUUCUUGUUAGAGUAGUCAGGAACUGUGUGUAUCUCUACUUUGUACUCCUAGGUAGCACAUUAUUAAUUAAAGCAUGCUAUAUAACAUGUUACUGCACAUUUCUCACCGUUUAGGUUGACAGAGUAUGGAUGAAAUUUUUUGAAGUACAGAGGGUUUUAGUGUUAAAUAUUUACCCGAUAGAGAGAUUAUCAUUUUUACGCAAUUUAUGUUUGAAUUUUGAGCUAUAUGAAUGUUCAGUCAUUGGCAACUGAGGGUGGUCUCUAUAUAGGGUUCUUGUGAUCAACUUUGUGAUGUAUUAAUCAAAUUAAUGUUGAUGUAUGUGAUUGAAACAAAGUCUCUAUAUAGAGGAUAAAUCCUACAGAAUCUCUGGUCUUAUUUUUCUAAACAGUUGGCAAAGUUUAUUUUACUUAAUUUUUGCUUUGUUAUUUAAAAAAGACAUAUGUUGGACUAAGUUUGUAUUUUUUUAUUUUUCAUUUUUGAUGACAUUCCAAUAGCAGGGUGUUUAUGUAGCAUUUCUUGGAUCCUCCCCUCAAUCUUUACAUAUUAUUUUGCCUGCUCGAUUAUGUUGACAAUGGCUUUGUGAGACAGGUGCUUCCAAGAGAUUUGGUUCAUGGAUUUAUAUCUAAAGAAAUCCAAAGGGUAUUCACAUAAUAGUACCACGUUCAUCUAUAGAAAUCCAAAAGGUACUCACAUAACGGUACCAAGUUCAUCUAAAAAAAAUCUAAAAGGUACAUAACGGUACCAAGUUCAAGAAAACAGACAUAAAGGUGCUCACACCAAGCCACUAACAUUUAAUAUGUAUUCAGAGAGAUCUAAAAAGUACUCACAUAUCUGAAAUCCAUUUACAUUCCUAAGAAAUCCAGUUGUACUUUAUACUUAUAAUGGCUACAGAUUCUGUUCUCAUCUCCAGAAAUCUGAUGUAUUAAGAUCUUUUGGUUGUGGUGUAUUUAUAUUAGUUAUAUAUUAUGUUUAUAUGUUUACUGUUGUUUAUACUUUUGUUAAUUAUUCUACAUAUAAUAUAUACAUGCAUGUAAAUGUUAUAUACAUUCCAAAGUUUAUCUCUUCACUGUGGUUGUGAAUUUUGUUUCUGUUUUAUGCUCAUUAUUUAAUCUGAAUUAAAGCCAUUUUCCUGAAACCAAUUGUGAAGCUAUAAGAAAACCCUCACUUGUAAUUAAGGUAGCUGCUGAGAGAUCAGAUAAAUACUCUGCAUUGUUAUUGUCAAAUUCCAUAAAGCUGCCAGGGUAUCCGAUUCAUUCCAUUGUCCCCACUUUUUUUGAAAAAAAAAAACAUUGAAAUUUUUGUUUUGAGAUACAUGGAUGGAAUUGCUAUUGUAUUACAUUUUUCUAAUUCAUAAUAAUGAAGAUAUUACCGACAUUGUAUUUUAAACAUUUUUCUUCUGAGUAGGAAAGGAAUAAUUUGGUGUAGAAUAGAGGUCAUUUGCAUAUUUUUAAUGAAAUGGAGUCAAGAUUUUUAAUUCUAAAUGCUGAAUUCAUUUAAGACACAAUUUGUAUUGCAUGAAAAUCAUUAAAACUCUUGACCAAUAUCUCAUUAUGGAAGGAAUGAAGCCUGUUGUCAUGGUGACAUAUACGAGAGGUCGUUCCGCUCCGUAUAAUCUCGGCACUGUAGUAGCCUCUUGUGUAUGUUUGUUUGUGUGUUGGAUCAGACUAGAUCUUGUUAAUCAAUAGUAACAGACCAAUAAACUGGUAACAGUG